AGGUGGGCUUGCUCGGAGGCCAGAUUGAGAAGCUACACAAUUGGCUUGUAUAUGCGGUUCAGAACCUCGGAGAACACUACGACGGGGCCAUGCAUAGACGGGGCAUAAACGACUCAUUGACGGUUGUAACGUUAGAUAUGGCAAAGUAUAGAGUGGACAUGAGGCUCUUGUUUAAUCAUAUAGACAACCUGGAAUGGAUCCAGCAAUACCAAAACCACGAAUGGAUUGUCGGAGAACUUCGGGGCAUCGAGUUCCAGUACGAACAGUGGUCGCGUGAAAUGGACAUGGUAAGCACUUGCAAGCCUCUGGUUGCGGUCCGGGCCUCAAAGCACAAUGCCGCAUUCGAAUGGAAGGAUUUUCAGCCUCUGAUGCCGAAAUCGAGAACGAGUACUCCGCUACUGAAUCCGAAAAUCGAAACUCCGCAACCGAGUUUGGAAACACAUACUCUACCUUCGAAAACACACCACGGUGAUACUCUACCACCAAUUUCGUCGAUACUCCAAGGUGUCGCUGCGUUCGAUUCCGUACAGGACACUGUUGGGCUUUGAUCCACUAUUUCUCCUGUACUCGGACUUUUCAUACCGUAGUUGGAUAUAUCAUCUCUACGAGAUUGAUUCAAGAAGCAGAGAUAACUUUCAUCGAGCUAUCACUCUUC